GACAUUUUUGCGAAAAUAAGCAUAAAUAGUGACAAUAUCGAUUUUAAGGAUGUCGCGUCGCAGCCAGGACAUUCCCAUAAGACCACGAUACGGCUAUACAGAUGAAGCCGAGGGUGAAGAGUCUGCCACUGGCCAAAGCAAAGCGCAGCAACGAAACAAUUGUGGAACACCUGCCUCCUACUCCGAAAUCCCAUUCCUGGCCCAAUACGCUGGCCCAGUGCCGGAGCAUGUGUUGCAGGAUAUCACACCCACAGCCAACAGCCAGGCAGCUCCGCUGGCCAACGAGAGUUACGUGAAUCUGGACUCGGGUGAGGACGAUAACGAUGAUGACGAUGACGAGGAGGAGGAACAGAGCAAUAGCAAUUCUAAGGACAGCUCCAGCGAGCUGGGCAGAACAACGGGACGACCCAAAUCACUGCAGUCCAAAUUUCCCUAUGAGCUAGAGGGCGAAGGUGCGACCAGCAGCACGGGUACCAUGCAUCAUUUCGUGGCCCACAAUCUGGAGUCAAAGUUGCGCGCCGCCACGGACUAUAAUAUUAGCUCGGAGCACACAACGCCAUCGCUGUCGACAGCGCCGAUCUCGAGGUUCCUCCAAUCGCGCAAUGUGCCCGAGGUGGAUGGUAAUGUACUGAGUGAUAUUGAGCUGGAGGCACAGUAUUUGGCUACCUCCGUGGAUAAUCUCGUUGAGAAUCUGGGCAAUCUGCUGCACUCGAUCUCAUCGAUAACCGCCGAUAACGUGGAGGUGCACAAGAAUGCGGUGAAGAAGCUCACCGAUGCGUUGGAUGCGAACAUUAAGUGCCAGUAUCAAUUGCUGGCCAAAACCGAGGAGAUCUCCAAGUCAAUGCGACCCACCGAGCAGCUGAGCCAGCGCAUUCGGGAAAUAAAGCGACUUGUAGAUAUGCUCGAUAGCAGCAUGUAGGAUGAAGCCAGCGUCGGAGGAGUGGAGCUGGCAGCUGCAUUUCAGCAGGAUAUCAAUGACUCUCCGUGUGCUUUUCUCUGAGCAUAGCAUUCCAUUAGAUUACAUUACUAGUCACUUUUAUUAUAUUCAAUAUUGUAAA